AUGACCCCGGAUGACAACUACAAACCCCCUUACACUAACCUCACAAGACAACCUAGAGGUCAUUUCCUUUGUCAUUACAUCAUACACCUGUAUUUCUCAGCCGUGCGCGCUGACACCGAAGUUCAUUUCCAGGUCAUUCUGCAGACAUUUCCUAUGUCAUUUCCAGAUUAUUUCUAUCUAUCUAUCUAUCUAUCUAUCUAUCUAUCUAUCUCUAUCCAACGGAAACUUGAAAGUGUUCAAUUUUUUGCUCUUUCUGUCUUUUUGAUAAUCCCGUUUCUUUCUUUCUUUCUUUCUUUCUUUCUUUCUUUCUUCCUUUUUCUUUCUUUCUUUCUUUCUUCCUUUCUUUCUUUCUUUCUUUCUUUCUUUCUACUGAGCUAUUCUUUCCUUCUGCCUUUUUACAAAUCUCUUCAUUUUUUUCUUUCUAGUAAGCCAGUCUUCGUAGUUUUCUUUAAAUUAUUCCUUUCUUUCUUUCUUUCUUUCUUCCUUUCUUUCUUCCUUUCUUCCUUUCUUUCUUCCUUUCUUCCUUUCUUUCACCCAUGCAAUCUUUCAUUCUUCCUUUCUAUUGUUUGUUUCUUUUUCUUUCUUAUUUAUUUCGUUUGUUUAAUCCUUUCAUUUCUUCUUUAUCAUUUAUCAUUCUUUCUUUCUUUCUUUCUUUCUUUCUUUCUUUCUUUCUUUCUUUCUUUCUAUCUCUUCCCGUCUUUCUUUCUUUCUUUCUUUCUUUCUUUCUUUCUUUCUUUCUUUUGGGCCAUUCUUACCUCUUUUCUUUAUGCUAAUCUGUUUAUUUUUCUCUCUACUAAUAAAUUUGUCAUAUUUUACUUUCUACUAAUCCACUCUUUCUUUCUUUCUUUCUUUCUUUCUUUCUUUCUUUCUUUCUUUCUUUCUUUCUUUCUUUCUUUCUUUCUACUGAACACUUCUUCCCUUCUUUCUUUUUACUAA